AUGAUAGGGCGGCCUGCAGCGCUGGUAGCGUUGGGGCGGGUACCUGGCUUGCCUGCCCUUAGAAUGGGCACGCCAAUGAGCUCCCUGGGCUCACUUGGCCAAGUUGCCGCGGUUGACGUGUCAGUUCAAUUUGCUUGCUUCGCAGUGGCAGCAGCUCUCCAAACAGAAAAGUUCUAUGACAUAUCCGCGAGUUUGACCUACGUGCUCUGCGUUCUCCUCUCCUUUCGGGCUGGUGGCCGAUCCACGAGGUGCAAAGUCAACUCCGGCCUCGUCAUUGCUUGGGCAGUGCGCCUGGGCAGUUUCUUGCUGUGGCGCGUGGUGCAAGAUGGAGGCGACAGUCGAUUCGAAAAGGUCAAGACGCAGCCCAGAAAGUUCUUUGUCUUUUGGGCUGUCCAGGCACUUUGGAUUCUGUUGACUGCCCUCCCCGUGUACCUCUCCAAUGGCAAGCCAUCUGUGACCGAGGAGGCCCUGGAAGAAGGUUACAACACUAGACGGCAACAAAGGGAAGAAAGGGACGGGGUCUCUUGGCGGGAUGUCUUGGGCUGGAGCCUGUGGGGAGUUGGCUUCGCGACGCAGGUAGUCGCGGAUGUGCAGAAGAGAGUGUUUCAGGCGGACCCGAGAAACAGAGGCCUCUGGAUCCAGACGGGCCUCUGGAAGCUGUCCCAGCAUCCGAACUACUUUGGUGAGAUUUGCAUGUGGUGGGGCAUCUUCCUCAGCUGCUCAACAACGCUACGAGGAUGGGAACUGCUUUCCAUUGUGCCGGCCUUGCAAGACUGA